AUGUUUGGAGUUUUGCUUUAUCUUCCUGUCCUCCUCCCCCUUACCUACUCCUCAUCCCCCCCUUACCUACUCCUCCCCUUACCUACUCCUCCUCCUCCCCUUACCUACUCCUCCUCCUCCUCCCCCCCUUACCUACUCUUCCUCCUACUCCUCCCCCCCACCUACUCCUACUCCUCCUCCUUACCUACUCCUCCUCCUCCUUACCCCCCUUACCUACUCCUCCUCCCCACCUACUCCUCCUCCUACUCCUUACCUACUCCUCCUCCUCACCCCUCCUUACAUACUCCCCCCCUUUACCUACUCCUCCUCCCCCCCUUACCUACUCCUCCUCCCCCCCUUACCUACUCCUCCUCCUCCUCCCCCCCUUAUCUACUCCUCCUCCUACUCCUCCCCCCCACCUACUCCUCCUCCUACUCCUCCUCCUACUCCUCCUUACCUACUCCUCCUCCUCCUUAUCCCCCCUUACCUACACCUCCCCCCCUUACCUACUCCUCCUCCUACUCCUCCCCCCCACCUACUCCUCCUCCUACUCCUCCUCCUUACCUACUCCUCCUCCUCCUUACCCCCCCUUACCUACUCCUCCCCCCACCUACUCCUCCUCCUACUCCUCCUCCUUACCUACUCCUCCUCCUCACCCCUCCUUACAUACUCCCCCCCCCCCCUUUACCUACUCAUCCUCCCCCCCUAACCUACUCCUCCUACUCCUCCUCCUCCUCCUCACCCCCCCUUACCUACUCCUCCUCCCCCCCAGUAUUAGUGGGAGGGUCCGGGGUCCACAUGAGGAGCAGCUGGUGUGUUUUUGUCUAAAGGGAGUUUAAUAGACUUACAGCCCCCCUUGUUAAGAACUAAUUAACUAAUUAAGUGUCUGUCUUAACGGUUUCUUGUUGCUUUCAUUAGUUUUUGUUGCCAAUAAUUGAUUGAUUAGAGCCAAUAUAUCCUGAUAGCCAAUGAUUUGUUGUUUUAGUUUCUGGGGGGCAUGGCUUAAGAAAUGAUGAGCCAAUCACAGUGAGGCAUUCCACUGCCAAACAUGAACCAGGGGCCAAUCAGACGUCAGAGACAUGCUCCCCCAUUUUCCUGCCUUUGACCUUUGACCUGAUGACAUAAAGUUGUUACCUGAUGAUGAUGUCAUCGCUGUGCUGAUGUCACAGCUCAUUGUAAUAAACCAUGACAAGAUUUUAUAAAAUAAAAGCACUAGUAUAUAGACCCAAA